AGCGGCACCGCCCCCGGGCGGACGGAGCCGGCGGCGGUUGCGGGGCCCCCUGCGGCAUGGAUUACCCCGGUCCCGCCUCGCAGCAUGGCGCUUGGGACCUGCCCGGCGAGGCGAGCGCCCACGGUGCCGCUUCCUGCGAGCAGCCGGUCGGCGGCGAGGAGGAGGCGGCGCCGCCGAGCUGCGGCUUGCAGCGUCCCCUCACCCGGCCGUCCCGCCGCCCCCAGCAGCUCUCCGGACCGCCGCUCGCCACGUUCUCUACCUCCUCCUCCGAGGGGGAGCUGGAUGCGGCGGCCGCUCUGCAGCGGGAACCGAGCCUGAGCGACGAGGCCGGCGGCGGCGGCGGUUUCGACUCGGCCGAGUCCGGCGCCUCGCUCCGCUACUCCACGGGUACGGGCGGCGAGUACAGCGAGGGCGAGGGAGCGGGGCUCGCCAGCAGCGAGAGUGGCGGCAGCGGCUUCUACCUGGCGGCGGCAGCGCUCCCUGAGAGGAGGCGGCCGGGUGGCGGCCGGCCCCGCUAUGAGAUGGUGCGGGAGCUGAGCGCCGAGGAGGUGCGCUGGUUCUACCGGGAGGACCGGAAGCCCUGGAAGCCCUUCAUCGGUUACGACUCGCUGCGGAUCGAGCUGGCCUACCGCGCCCUCGGAUCCGAGCCGCGGGAGGGCGAGGCGGCGGCAGUGGAGCCGGUGUGCGUGAGGAGCGGGCUCUAUGAGGUGGACGUAGCCAACGCGGAGUGCUACCCUGUCUACUGGAACCAAUCAGAAAAGAUCCCUGUGAUGCGUGGACAGUGGUUUAUUGAUGGCACAUGGCAACCUCUGGAAGAGGAGGAAGGUAACUUAAUAGAACAGGAGCAUCUCAACUGCUUCAAAGGCCAGCAACUGCAGGAGAGCUUUGAUAUAGAAGAGCAGGCAAAACCUGUUGACCGGAAGGAGGCUAUUCAUAGUCUGAAGUUGAGUCGCAACCAUGUGGACUGGCACAGUGUGGAUGAAGUGUAUCUUUACAGUGAUGCAACAACAUCUAAAAUUGCAAGAAGCGUUACACAAAAGCUGGGGAUUUCCAAAGCUUUAAGUAGUGGGACAAGGCUACAUAGAGGCUAUGUAGAAGAAGCUACAUUAGAAGACAAGCCACCACAAAUUAGUCACAUUGUGUUUGUUGUGCAUGGUAUUGGGCAGAAAAUGGACCAAGGAAGGAUCAUCAAAAAUACAGCUAUGAUGCGAGAUGCUGCAAGAAAAAUAGAAGAAAAGUAUUUUUCUGAUAUCUCAACGCUUGCUGAAUUUCUUCCAGUUGAAUGGAGAUCGAAACUUACCCUCGAUGAAGACACUGUGGAUUCCAUUACUCCAGAUAAAGUACGAGGUUUAAGGGAUAUGCUGAACAGCAGUGCAAUGGAUAUCAUGUAUUACACCAGUCCUCUUUACAGAGAUGAACUAGUGAAAGGGUUGCAGCAAGAGCUGAACCGGCUAUACACACUCUUCUGUGCCCGGAAUCCAGAGUUUGAAGAGAAAGGAGGGAAAGUCUCAAUUGUGUCCCACUCACUGGGCUGUGUCAUCACCUAUGACAUCAUGACUGGCUGGAACCCGGUCAGGUUUUAUGAACACUUGCUGCAGAAGGAAGAGGAGGAACUUCAAGACAGCUGGAUGAGCUAUGAAGAGCAACGUUUACUUGAAGAACUUCACAUAACUAAAAACCGGUUGAAAGACAUAAGAGAGAGGUUACGUGGGUUAAAGGCAUCCACCAUAUCAGAACCACCUGUCUUAAAAUUUAAGGUAGAGAAUUUCUUCUGCAUGGGAUCUCCAUUAGCAGUGUUUUUGGCAUUGCGUGGCAUCCGUCCAGGAAACUCUGGUAGUCAAGACCAUAUUCUGCCCAGGACAAUUUGUAAUCGCUUACUAAAUAUUUUUCACCCAACAGAUCCAGUGGCCUAUAGAUUAGAACCUUUAAUUCUGAAACACUACAGCAACAUUUCACCUGUCCAGAUCCACUGGUACACCACUGUAAACCCUCUACCUUAUGAGUGUAUGAAGCCAAGUUUUCUCAACCCGACAAAAGAACCUACCUCAGUUACCGAUAGUGAAAGUGCGUCAACUGUACCAAGCCCAACUACUUCACCAGUCAUGGCUCGACGCCCCUAUGGGGAGUCUAUAACAAACAUAGGCAAAGCAGGUAUAUUAGGAGCUGCAAGCAUUGGGAAGGGCCUCGGCGGGAUGCUUUUUUCAAGAUUUGGUCGAUCUAGUACAGCCACCCCACAGACACUUGAGGCAGGAAAAGAUGGAGCCGAGGAGGAUGACAAGAAGGCUGCAGCGGCUGGGGAGCCCCUUUUACUGCAUAGCAACAGCUCGAGCUUCCUUGAACCCGCAGUGGAACUGGAGCACAGGAUUGAUUUCGAGCUCAGGGAAGGUCUUGUGGAGAGCAGAUACUGGUCCGCAGUCACAUCACACACUGCCUAUUGGUCAUCUCUGGAUAUUGCUUUUUUCCUUCUAACCUUCAUGUACAAACACGACCAAGAAGAUACAGACAAAUCCAGUAUGGACGCUGUUUGAAUUUUUGACUGGGGAUGGGGCGGGAUGGGAAAGGAAGUUUUAAAACCAGUGGCACAAAACUGAUGUUUUACUGUUAAACUGUAGUAAAUAGGGCAUGGAGGUUUCAGGUUUAAGUGCAUGUUUGGAUUUUUCCUAUUUCUAAGGAGCAAAAAUUAUUUGUAUUUAAAAGCACUUUAUAGUUUUAAACAUUUUGCAGUGCUUAAUUAGACCUGACAGGAUUCCAAAUUCUUGCCAACUUUGACUGUAUAAAAAGCCAAUACAAUGUGUAGCAUCCUGUAAGCACAGUUGUGCAGUGUGCUUGGGUGACAUACUUAAUGACCAUAAUUGCUGUUCAAUUCAUUAAAGUAUAAAAGUUCAGUUGAUUAAAAAAAAUAUUAAUUUCCAUUAACAACAAUAUAUGUUAGAUACAAACCUAAAACUGCCAUGUUCUGAUGUCUUACGUAUCGGGUGAUAACAAACGGUGGUAUCAUUUCUAGGACUUUACUCAGCUCCACAUCCUAUUAUCCACAGUACCAUUGAAAGGCCAUUCUGACUGCUGGUUUCUGAGGGAAUAUUAUACGUGACGCAUCUAGAAACUAAUGCUGAAAAAGCAUGAAGCAAAUAUUUGAAAUACUGUACUUAUAAUUUAUUAUUAUCUCUAAUUGUUUCAUUUUAUUCCAGUGUAUAAAACAUGACUUUUUUACAGGUUUCUUUUGACAUAAUUUAAGAACCACAUUUAUUUUCUACAGUGUGAAGACUUUUCCUCAGAAAUACAUAUCUUUGUACGACUAUUCAAAUGAAAAUAUGGCACUGUGGCACACUUUAAGUAUUUUUUCAUUAAAAAUAAAUGUUUGUGGUUUCACACAAA